AUGAGUACGAUUGUGGAGAUGAUUAAUCAAAUUUUCAUUGCAACUGAGAUAGUUCUCUUCAAUGUGUUGGGACUAUUUGGAAAUAUCAACUUCCUGUGUCUGACCUACACAAAACCAGCACUCCGCUCAAAGUCUUCUUACAUCCAGUGUGCUCUGAGCGUUUCACACAUUUUCUGUCUCCUGUUUGAACUUCCCAAUGCAAUUCUUCUAUUCACUGGCAUCCAGUUGAAACGAAAUGUCUGCUUCCCUGCAAUUUCCACGUAUAUUUUCUUCAUGUGUGCUCAAGCUGUCAUUAUGCUUAUGCUCGUUGUCGAUUUGUUCAUAAUCGUCUUCUUCACAACAUUCUAUCGUCGAAUAGACAACAAGACCUAUACAUUCCUGAUGCUUCUUGUUCCUCUUAUCUAUGCUUCAUUCACUGUCGCAUGGGGAUUCGUAAUGAUGGACGAUGAAUUGGUCAUUUUUUGUAAUCCACCUAUCAGUCUUCAUCCGGUUGUCAGUAGAUGGUGGUCAAUGUCAAAUGUUGCGUUGAAUUCUGUUACACUUUGCCUUUUCCUCUUUUUGAUUAUCAUUUUCCAUUGCAGAGGAAAGAAGCAAAAGAGUGACACUCGAAAACUCAUGAAACGUCUGAAAGUGUCCGUAGUAGUAUUCGUAUUCUCAUGGUACAUGUGCACUCUCGGCGUCGAUAUGUUUGUGGCCAUCGGACUCACUGGCUCGGUUCUUGUCUUCUUCCAGAGUAAUAUGGUUUUCUUCGCUCUUCUCUGUUAUACUCAACCGUUCUAUGUGAUGCUCUGGAGAUCAUCAGAAUACCGAAUUGCGUUUGUUGAAAUGUGGAGUUUCUUGAAUUGUGUCAAGUCUCUCAAAUCGAAGGCAUGGUUGGAAAGAACUACGAGAGCAACAACUGUCGUGUCGACAAUCGACUCGUCAAAGCAAUAA